AUGCCGGCCCGGAGCAUCGAGCAGGUGGCGCUCCUGGCGACUGCCGUUUCUCCCUUCGUCUUCUUUUAUUUUAUGGUGGAGGGUGGCUUCAACACACUUGACAUGUACCUCGCCCUCUUUCAAGGCGAUAGCCAAGUCUGGGCGUCCUUUAUCACCCUUCUUGAGCAAGGCAGCACCCUCUUCAUUGUGUCGACGCUGGUGUUUGCCAACGCCUUCCUCUCCAAUGUCGCCCGCUUGGUGGAGAUGGUCAUCUUUAAGCAGCUACGUGAUGCGGAGCUCAAGGACGUACUGGAGCAAUCUCUCAACUAUCUCAUGCUCAAAGUGAUUGUGAUUUGGGCCACUUUGGACAUGCAACCGAACAUUGGCCUCUGGCCUUGGCUCUCAUGGUUCAUUGUCACGGGCUGGCUCUUUGCGUUUGCCACCAUGUGCCAGUCCCGCAUCGAAUUUAUACUCCUGUCAGCGGGACGCAUGAACCGAACGGCGUCGCCGGCAUUGGGGUUCAUGACCACCAUCAUGGUGUUGGCGCUUGUCCUGACCAUUUCCUCAGCCUGGGAAUGGCGCGACAUGCCUUUUAGCUUUGUAGCGCUAUGGUGCUUUGACGGCAUUAGCUGCUUCAUCCUUUGCUUCCAGACGCUGUGGCGUUUCACUCUUAUUUCCACGCAGCCGAUGCAUUCAACCCCUGACGUGCAAGCCUUUGCACCCGAGUCGCGCUUUGCUGUUUUUCUGGACGUUCUCCACCACGGAUUACAUCUUAUGCACUACUUGCACAUUGUUUGGCUUCAAGGAUUCUCCGUGUUCGUAUUGGACAUUGUUCUCUUCCUCAAAGCACGCUCGGCUUUUGAGCAGCUACGACUUAAACUAUCUCGUCAUUUCCGUGCCGUUCGGCUCAACAAGCGCCUUCGCCAAGCGCUUCAACCCAUCACUCAGCAAGAUCGCGAGGUGGCUGCAGACGAUUCUUGCGCUAUCUGCCGCGAUUUUCUUCAAGAUGGCUUUAAGCUUGCUUGUGGGCACAUGUAUCACCUGGCCUGCAGUUGGAUAUCCAAGUGCAUGUGGGAGCUGAUGCCCAUGCCCGCCUCCAGCAGCGAUUGGAGCUCUCGGUUGUUCGCUUACAAGAAAUGUUUCCACACAUCCCGGCAGAAAUGCUCCGUGACGAUUUGCAACGAACAGGCAGCAUUCAUGUCCUUUGUACCCCUCCGCGCCAAGGCGGCACUUGACGACCUGAUGGCCGAGUGUGCGCUGGACCUGCAGCAGGCAUAUCUGGCCUCGCGUGAGUGGGGCGUUAGCACUGUCUUGACCAUGCGGGGUCGGGACAAGUUGCGUCGCUUGAGCGACACGACCUUUGCCAUUGCGGUCGUGUCCAUGAUGGGUUUUGGCCUCCAUGAACUCAUCAACGUCAAGCCGACGGACAAGUGCCCGCUCUGCAGCAGCAAGACACCUCAGCCGCGGCUGACCCGCGAGCACCUGCUAACCUGCCGUCCCAUCAAGCGUCACAACGCCCUUCGCGACGAGAUGGGCCGCCUGCUCAGGUACGCCACCCUCGCCCAUGUCUGGGUGGAAAAGUCUGGCUACAACGCCAACGGUCAGAGCUGCCGCAUCGACCUGCACUGCCGCAACCCCUUUCCCGGCGGUGCCCUGGGCCCAGCUCUGCCCGACCUGGGCAUUGACGUGACUGUGCGCACAGCCCAACCCCCGACCACCUCGCAAGCCUGCAUCAAGGUGGGCGCUGCCCUUCGCCGAGCCGAAAAGGAGAAGCGCGACUACUACACCGGUUUCAACCAUGGAAAAACUCUGAUCGUCCCUGCGGCGAUGACGACAACCGGUGGGUUCGCCUCCUCCUUUGUGGAUCUGCUUGGUCAGCUCGCCCGCUGCGCCGAGGCCCGUGGUGUGUACCAGCCGGGGCUGGAUGAGGCCUUUGUUCCCCGGUGGAAGGGUCGCUUUGCGGCGCUGGUCCAUCAGAUGAACGCUGACCACAUCCAGCGCCACUUUGGCGGUGUCUGCCUGCGCUCGUCGUAG